CGACCGGUGUGCGAUUCCUAGCCUGCGUUAGCCGAGAAUUUCCGAUUGCUGUUCCUUGCCUUCGACAAGAGGGCAGCGCCCUGACCGGACGAAAGAUUGCUCCUGAAAGAUUGCCUCCUGUACAGCGGCGUUGCCUCCUCGUUCACUCUGGGCUGAAGGUAACCACUCGCUCAGGCAACGCUUACGGCCGGCCUUAACUGCGUACGGCAAGUCAGUGUAGGACUUCACGCACACGAGACAAGUUUCGGCCCCCCGUGUAACAACGAGCCUCCACAACGACUCCGCAGAAACGACCUCGCCCGCGCUUCUGGGAAAACCCUGCUGAACCCAAAGUUGUCAAGGAAAUUCAACCACUGCAGUUCCGUCAGUUCAAGUCGAGACCCGCUUUCAACCGAAUGCUCCAGGACUGACUGGUUGCCACGAUCGCACGCUGCCCCCGCAAGUAGCGCCACUUGUAUUGAAGAUCGGAGCCCGCGUCGUACGGGCACAGCCAGAGCAAGUGGUCCAAGGAUCAGCAUGCGUGACCGCAUUUGGAGCACGACUGCGGGAAGUUGGGGUCUAUCCAACUAUGCACUCAGGGGAUGAGGCAGGAUCUCGUCUGUAAGAGCCUGAAGACAACCCUAAAAAGCUCCAAGUUCUCAGCAACAUAUACUUUUGGAAAUCGGAUAUGGCCGUCAUCGACGUGCAUCUGCCCAAUGGCCCACUCUACCAGGACAUGGACGGGGUCCUGCGGCUCAGCCAAAACUUCACUGUCGAAGCACUGCGUUCCGCGCUCAAUUACAAGCCGCAGCCAGACGACAAGUUCGUCGUCACGUUUCCCAAGUGCGGUACCACGUGGACGCAGCACAUUGGCUUCUUGAUCUUCAACAAAGGCGUUCCACCGUCCAGCGGCCUGGAGUUCUUCAAUAGAAGCCCCUUUAUCGAAAUGCUCGGCGCGGACAGUGUGCGGGACAUGACACGUCCCGGAGUGAUCAAGACGCACCUUCCUUACCACUUCAUGCCCAUGCACCCACAGGCCAAGUACCUCUACGUAUGCCGCAAUCCUAAGGACACUUGCGUGUCCUUUUUCUACCACACACGGGGUUUCACCGGAUACGAGUUCGCCGAUGGCAAGUUCGACGACUUCUUAGAGUUCUUCAUGUCCGGUGAGACCGACUAUGGGGACUACUUUGACCACGUCCUGGGUUGGUACAAGCAUCGCAACGACCCGAACGUCCUCUUCCUGCACUACGAAGACAUGAAGGCCCAGCCACGAGAGAGCGUGCUCAAGAUUGCCGAGUUCCUCGACCAAAGCUAUCACAAGUUGCUCCUGGACAACGAGGACGUCCUCCAGAACGUGAUCAAAUACAGUGACAUCGAAUCCAUGAAGGACUACGCCUCGCGGAACUUCACCAACUUCUUCACAAAUCAAAUAGAGGGAGAAGCCCCCAAGGGUCUCAGGGUCUUCCACGAAGCUUCGCAGAAGAAUCCUUCCAUUGCUAACUUUAUUCGUAAGGGCAUCGUCGGAGACUGGAAGAAUCAUUUCUCGCCUGAACAGAACGCCAGGUUGGAGAACAAGAUUCUGGUGCUGCUACGCGAUACUGACUUGGUGGACACCUGGCGAAAGCACUGUGUAAUGUAGCACUUUAACGAAACCAAACACAGCUUCCAUGAAGGGUAGUUGCAUUCCAAACAGCUUGACGGCCAGCGGAGCCACCGGUCGGUUCUGCCCAGUCUCUGCGAAGUCUUACUGAACCAGACUCUUUUUUCAUCGAGGACGAGAUAUAUCCCGUUAUGUGGCAGAGGAGCAUAACACGACUAUUAUCACCCUAAUUCAAAGCAUAAUUCGGCUGUGUUAAAGAGUAUCUUUUCAAGUUAUCGUAAGGUAGCCGGCUGCACCGUUAAACGCCGUACCCUUCUCCUUGCAUUAGUGCUGGAUAUUCGGUGCCAAAAUUGUGUCAUCAUUUCGGCGAGAUUCACUAGGAACGCUACUGAUGGAAUUAACUGGCGUAACGAUUUGGUUGUUGCAGAAGUGUGUGCCAUUAACCAAUUCUUCACUGCUUCAUAUUCAGUUUUUUUUUAGUAUAACAGUAUUCCGUAAAGCAAAAACAAUUUCGUGCUAACUCUUCUCCUUACGUGUUCGAGAGGAAGCAUACCCAUCUGAGUAUCUAAUUCGUUCCCAUAUAUCCAAAUAGUUGCUUCUAUAACUAAAUAUCAUGUCAAUUAUAGCACAUUCCCGCGUGAUGCUAGUAAUAUGCGUUAGCAUACACCGAUGCACGGCCCUGCGAGGUCCGGUGUGGAUGCAUUUGUGCUGCUGUGAGCGAGGGUACGGAACCUUGUGCGAACGUACAACAUUAGUGUGUAUCACGCUAUGCUACGACGCACCUUUAUUUAAUGAUGUACAUCAGUGCAUUUAUUACUGCAAUAAACGUAUUUGCAUAUUAACA